GACGCGCUCUAACGGUCAAAUUUUCCGUUCUAAAAUCCAUUCAUUCCUAAUAUAUUCAUAAUCUCCCUAUAAAAUCUUUCAAUCGCACCUCUUCAUACAUCUACAAUCGCUCUCAAUCAACUCUCCCUCUACCGCCGGCGAUCGCAAAAUUUGAACUUUCCGGCGACCCACAUCAACAACAAAUUCCGAUCUCUUUCUUCGCAGUCUGCGUCAAUGGAAACCCCAUCAUCCACUAGAAGAGUUACAAGAUCACAGACUCUGGCUUCUUCCGCUUCCGCAAGCAACACCAACAUUCCUUCAUCGAGGAAAACUGAGGAAUCAUCGAUGCAGAAGAAGCAGCAAGAUCGCUCAGCCCUAAUAGAUAUAACCAACGAUUCCCCCAUUGUUGGGCUGGCAAUGGGGAGUCUGAAAACCCCAUCUUCGGCAUUUUCUAAGAAGAGAAUGAGCAAUCAAGGGCAGUUCACCCGAACCCCGGGUUCAGGUGAAGCCCUCUUGAGAGGGCAGGUGAAGACUCUUCUUCAGAAGGUUGAGGAAGAGGCAGAGCUCUCGAAGAUCGUCCUCGAAAACCGGCCUUUGUUCAAUCUUCUCAACUCCCCCAGUAAUCUUGUUGCACCAACUCCUGCAAACACACCUCAAAUAUUCAAUCUUGGUGGUGAUGCUGAUAGUGAUGGUUUGCCUUCUGUCACUCCUGUUACUGAGACUUUUUUCAUUCCACAGAAGCAAGAGAGCGUUGAAACUGAGAACGUGAUCACGAGGUCUCUGUUUCUUGAUUUCUCGGAGAAGUCUGAUGCAUCUGAUUGCUCCUCUGUGGUGACUUACCAAGGAGUGUGCUUUGGGGGGAGAGAGAAGAGCUCCACCGAUGAUGAUGAUGACGCCUCUGUGUGGUCUAUUCAGGUGAAUGCAAGCAGCACUAGAGAUGAAGAUGAAGACGAAGACGAAGACGAAGAUGAGGAACAAGGCUGCAUUGAAGAAGAAGAAGAAGAAGAGUACUACUUGGAGGUGAAUGAUGAAUGGCUGAUUGAUGAUGUUUGUGAAGGAAUGAGCAAGAUCAGCGUUGGGCCAAAGUUUGAAGGGAAGCACAUUAGGUUCAUCUACAACAGUGAUGGAGAGAUUGAAGAAGAAGAACAAGUGUGUGAAACACCAAAGCAAUAAUGGAUUAUGUUUUCUUCGGUUUUGGUUAUGGAUGUCUCCCUAUUGACACCAUCUUGGGUUUCUCUUUUUUGGGGAUGAUUUGCUUCUCGUAUUUGAUUAUUCACAUAAUUUGUGAUGAAAUUCCUACUGGUUUGUUAAUUGAUGAUGAUUUUAUUAUUUGAAUCAGAAUGAAUGGACAGUUCUUCUGAAGUUGAUCAAA